UUGAGGACCACGUCGACAUAUUUCACAGAGUUUGUUUUAAAUGAGUUGCAGAUAAGAAUGAAUCGUUUUCUUGUCACGCAGUUGCUGGCGUUCUUGAACAUAUUCUUUUUAAAGACUGCUUCGGGAAUAAGAAAUGUCGAGGACGAUGGAUUCGUUCUCAAAGCGAAUAGUUUUCCAGACGAUGUACGACUGCGCCCACCAAUUGGGAAUGGGCACAUUGCCACUAAUGUGCUCAGUGACACGAUCUAUAUGAAUGGAGUGUUCAAUGGAUACGCUGACGACAGUCAUCGAGCCCGUAUUCCGUCAACUGUCGCAAUAGAUGUCGUAAAGGAAGAUACGAGGGAAAACAGGACUUAUAUUCUCAAUAUGAAAGACGGGAUGUUCAUCCAAACGAUAUCUCGAAGCCAGGCGAACAUUGAAUUACGAUAUUUUGCGCAUCGUCACAUGACUAGGUUAUUGAUAUGCGAGAUCUCGCUCGAGAGAACUGGGGGAUUCUUAGGUGACGUAAUUGUUCGAUUACUCCAGAAUCGUGGUAAUACAAGUGCCGACAUUGCCUUCCUCGAUGAAGAAAUCUUGGAAAAUAACACCAGAUAUGCUUAUGGGGAGAUAAACGAGCCAGAGACCAACACCAGCGCAAAAGUACCUAUACACCACUACUCGUCAGACGUCCCAAAUACUUUGACCUUGACCUCUGGGGAUAAAAACAAGAAGUGGUAUUUCAUGACGUCAUUGAGUAUUGAUAAACUCGAUGCACUGACCUCAUAUCAAAAUGGAAUGCAAAGUGUUAAAACCUUGACAACAUCGCAUCAACAGGCGUGGAAUACGUUGUGGGAGAGUGGCAGUAUUCAUGUAGAAGGGAAUAGAGAGACAGAGCAGACAAUAAACGCAUGCCUCUACCAUAUCUGGUCAUCGAUGCCAUCACACAGAGACCAUGUGAACCCAUUCAUUGGUCUUUCUCCAGGUGGUCUAUCAAGGGGAGGCAAGAUUCGACCAGACAAGAAAGGAGGGCCGUAUAAUGACUAUGCUGGUCAUGUGUUCUGGGAUAUGGAUACGUGGAUCAUGCCACCUAUAAUGCUUUUACAUCCGGGUAUGGGGAGACUAAUGAUUGAGUCGCGCAUGCGCGUGAUGGACACCGUCAAAAGACAUGCUGCGCUGGGCGGGGAUGAUGGAAU